AUGGAAGGUGACAUUUCACAGUUUGUGAGCAUCACUGGCGCGUCUGUUGAAGAAGCCCGCCAGUAUAUCAAUUCUUGCAAUGGUGAUGUAAAUAUGGCCGUGGCAUCGUAUUUCGAGGCAUGUGAUGAUGCAUCACAGCCGGUGGCGCCUGCUGUGCCUGCGAAUGUGAGCGGUCCCCGCACACUCAGUGGUGCUGCUGUUUCGGACACUGCUACAUGGCCGUCUAAUUCAAUGAAAAAAUCUUCUGGUGCUGCUCGCAAAGCGCGAUCCGGAGGAAUUAUGACAUUCAAUGAUCUGCGGUCGAAUGACGAACCACGGGAGGAUGACGACGACCCUGUGAAUUUGUUCGCUGGCGGUGAACGCAGUGGCCUGAAUGUUGAGAAUCCAGAGCUUAAUCGAAGAGGAACAGGUCAGUCGAUUGUCGAUGAUAUUCUUUCUAGGGCGGCAACAUCAUCACAUGCCGGUGUCCCAUCCUCGAAAGCGUCGUUCAUGGGGCUUCAUGGCACUUCUAAAAACAGCGCUUUUACAGGAAAGGGGUUCUCUAUCGGUGGCGCUACUGUUGAAGAUGAGAAAGAAGACCCAGUUCGACCUCAUGACUCCAGCUCUGCUAAUAGUCAUGAAGCUAUCGAUGAUGAGGAACCGGCGGUUCGACACCUCACCUUUUGGCAGGAUGGAUUUUCUGUUGAAGACGGACCUUUGCACCGAUACGAUGAUCCUGCGAAUCAAACAAUACUAGAAGCUAUCAAUUCUGGUCGCGCACCUCUCAGUUUAUUGAAUGUUCGCUUCGGACAACCCGUGGAACUACUUGUCGCAAGGCGUACCCACGAGAAAUAUGUGCCCCCGCCGCCCCCACCAGCCAAACCUUUUGAAGGGCAAGGAAAUCGGCUGGGCGCACCCAGUGCUGGUAGCCUUGUUUCAUACGAGCCCCAAGACUCAGCUGCGGAAUUAUCAAGCGCUCCAUCUGCAGGCUCUGUCCAAGUGGACCCCUCACAGCCCUCGACGCAAAUUCAGGUUCGUUUGCGCGACGGUCAGCGCCUCAUCAUAAAGUUAAAUCUGACCCACACGGUCUCAGAUCUUCGUCGGCAAAUUGAAACGCAACGCCCUGAUCUGGCGCAUCAAUCGUACACGCUUCGUACGUCUUUUCCGCCCAAGCCUCUAUCCAACGAUGCAAGCACAGUGGCCGAGGCCCAACUGGCUAAUGCAGUGGUCUUGCUGAGCUAA